AUGACCAGCAGCCCUUAUCAUAUCUUACAGGGCAACCUCAAUCACUCCGCCAGAGCUCAGGACCUGCUGAUCCAGAGCAUGGCGGAGCGGUUGACCCAUCUGGCGGUCGUCGCCGAGCCCUAUCGGGUCCCUUCGGUUCCCGACUGGGCGGGAGAUAUUGACGGCCUGGUGGCCGUGGUCCAGCGCUUGCUUGUCGUCGGGGUGUACUUCUCCCCCAACCGGCCGCUCGCCGAAUUCGAGUCCUUUCUCGACGAACUCGGUCAAGUCGUGGGGAGGUCGCGCUCAGGGCGCGCGCUCGUUUUCGGGGACCUCAACGCGAAGUCGUCCGCUUGGGGUUCCCCGGUCACCUGUCCCAGGGGACGGGAGACGGAGGAGUGGUUGGUCGGGAGCGGUCUCGUUAUCCUCAACCGCGGCGCCGAGAACACAUGCGUCCGUCGUUCGGGUGGGUCCGUGGUGGAUGUGUCUUUUGCGACCCCCGACGUCGCGCGCCGCGUCUGCGGUUGGGAGGUGUUGGUCGACGUGGAGACGCUCUCCGACCACCGCUACAUUGGUUUCCGUGUGGCCGCGGCCCCGGAGGCCCGCGCUGGGCCCUGA